GAGGAGGUGGAGGAAAGCCCUGGCUGUGAUGCCGCUGGAUGAUGGCUGCUUUCGGGAUCUUAAGUUACGAACACCGGCCAUUGAAGCGGCCCCGGCUCGGCCCUCCAGACGUUUAUCCUCAAGAUCCAAAGCAGAAAGAGGAUGAGUUGACUGCACUGAAUGUGAAGCAAGGAUUCAAUAACCAACCAGCUGUAUCUGGAGAUGAACAUGGAAGUGCAAAAAAUGUCAACUUUAACCCUUCAAAGAUCAGCUCAAACUUCAGCAGCAUCAUUGCAGAGAAGCUGCGUUACAACACGUUUCAAGACACAGGGAAACGUAAGCCACAGGUCAACCAGAAGGAUAAUUUCUGGCUCGUCACAGCAAGGUCACAGAGCUCCAUCAAUAAUUGGUUCACGGAUUUAGCCGGGACUAAACCGCUAACACAGUUAGCUAAAAAGGUUCCCAUCUUCAGCAAAAAGGAGGAGGUUUUUGGAUACUUGGCUAAGUACUCGGUCCCUGUCAUGCGCUCAGCAUGGAUGAUCAAGAUGACCUGUGCGUAUCAUGCAGCCAUGACAGAAACUAAAGUAAAGAAGAGGCAUGUGAUUGAUCCUUGUAUAGAAUGGACUCAAAUUAUUACCAAGUACCUGUGGGAGCAGCUGCAGAAGGUGGCCGAGUUCUACAGACAGGUUCCCAGCCAGGACUGCAGCUCUCCUCCAUCGGCCACCCCCGCUGAUGUGGAGACUGCCAUGAAGCAGUGGGAGUACAACGAGAAGCUGGCCAUGUUUAUGUUUCAGGAUGGUAUGUUAGACAGACAUGAAUUUUUGACGUGGGUGCUGGAGUGUUUUGAGAAGGUCCGACCUGGUGAAGACGAGCUUCUCAGACUUCUCCUGCCCCUUUUACUACAGUACUCAGGGGAAUUUGUACAGUCGGCUUACUUGUCACGGAGACUGGCUUACUUCUGCACACGGCGCCUCAACCUGUUGCUAAGCGACGGGAGCCUAGGCCCCGGCACAGGAGGGCAUCAAGCCCACGGCAUGUUGGCACAGCAAGGUAAUGCCCUGCCCCCCACCCCGACUUCACAGCCGGCAGGCGGGAACCAACCCCAGACACCUUUCACAGACUUCUACAUCUGCCCUCAGCACCGGCCUCUGGUGUUUGGUCUCAGCUGCAUGUUGCAGAGCAUAGUGUUGUGUUGUCCCAGUGCUCUGGUUUGGCAUUACUCGCUAACAGACAGCAGAAACAAAACUGGUUCACCUCUGGAUCUGCUGCCUUUAGCCCCGUCCAGCUUACCAAUGCCAGGGGGAAAUACUGCCUUUACACAACAGGUUCGAACAAAGUUAAGAGAAAUCGAGGAGCAGGUUAAAGAACGAGGCCAGGCGGUGGAGUUCAGGUGGUCGUUCGACAAGUGUCAGGAGACCACAGCAGGCUUCACCAUUGGGAGGGUUCUCCACACGCUGGAAGUUUUAGACAACCACAGCUUUGAGAAGUCUGACUUUAACAACUCACUGGAUUUUCUGUACAACCGAAUAUUCGGGUCAGGUCAGAGCAAAGACGGCCAUGAGAUGUCACCGGAUGAUGAUGCGGUGGUGACCUUGCUUUGUGAAUGGGCAGUGUGCUGUAAGCGCUCUGGCAGACACAGGGCCAUGGUGGUGGCCAAGCUGCUGGAGAAGAGACAGGCUGAAAUAGAGGCCGAGAGGUGUGGUGAGUCAGAGGUGGUGGAUGAGAAGGGCUCUGUGUCAUCCGGCUCGCUCUCGGCUGCUACACUCCCGGUCUUCCAGGAUGUGCUCCUGCAGUUCCUUGACACUCAGGCUCCAGUUCUGACUGAGCCUGGGAACGAAAGUGAACGCGUCGAGUUCUCAAACCUGGUCCUGCUUUUCUGUGAGCUCAUCCGUCACGACGUCUUUUCCCACAACAUCUACAUGUGCACGCUCAUCUCCCGCGGUGAUCUGGCGUCUGACUCCCACCUGCCGCGCCCGCGCUCCCCCAGCGAUGAACCCUCCGAUGAGUCAGAGCGAAAGGAGCAGGAGGCGGGCAGCAGCGGCAAGAUGGAGGAUACCGGCCUGUCAGAGUCCAUGGAAAUUGAUCAUAAUUCCAGUGCUAAUUUUGAUGAGAUGUUCUCUCCUCCGAUGCACUGCGAGUCUAAAGGGAGCCCGUCCCCUGAGAAGUCCGCUCCAGACCAGGACAACAAGACCGGCUGUAAGGACAAAGGCAUGGAUCCCGCCUUCCCUCAGCUGUAUGAGCAACCUCGCCACAUUCAGUAUGCGACUCACUUCCCUAUUCCUCAGGAGGAGAGUUCCAGCCACGAGUGCAACCAGCGGUUAGUGGUCCUGUACGGAGUGGGCAAACAGAGAGAUGAGGCGCGACACACCAUCAAGAAAAUCACCAAAGACAUCUUGAAGGUCCUCAACCGCAAAAGCACAGCAGAAACAGGAGGAGAGGAAGGACAGAAGAGGAAGAGGAGUAAGCCGGAGGCCUUUCCCACCGCUGAAGACAUCUUCUCUAAAUUCCAGCACCUCUCCCACUUUGACCAGCACCAAGUCACCUCCCAGGUUUCUAGAAAUGUGCUGGAACAGAUCACCAGCUUUGCCUUAGGGAUGUCCUAUCAUCUGCCUCUGGUUCAGCACAUUCAGUUCAUCUUCGACCUCAUGGAGUUCUCCCUCAACAUUAGCGGCCUAAUAGACUUUGCAAUUCAGCUGCUGAAUGAGCUGAGUCUGGUGGAAGCCGAGCUGCUGCUGAAGUCAUCCAGCCUGGUGGGUAGCUACACCACCAGCCUCUGUCUGUGUAUCGUAGCCGUGCUGAGGAGGUACCACUCCUGUCUCAUUCUCAAUCCAGAGCAGACGGCGCAGGUUUUUGAUGGGUUGCGGAUCGUAGUGAAAUCAGGUGUGAACCCGGCAGACUGUUCCUCAGCUGAACGCUGUAUCCUGGCAUACCUGUACGACCUUUACACCUCCUGCAGUCACCUCAAGAAUAAGUUUGGAGAGGUUUUUAGUGAGUUCUGCUCCAGAGUGAAAAACUCCAUCUACUGCAACAUCGACCCCUCAGACUCCAACAUGCUGUGGGAUCCUGUCUUCAUGAUGGAGGCCAUCGCCAACCCCUCGGCUAACAACUUCAACCACUCCAUGGUGGGCAAGAUCCUCAACGACAGCCCGGCCAACCGCUACAGCUUCGUCUGUAACGUGCUCAUGGAUGUGUGUGUGGACCAUAGAGACCCUGAGAGGGUAAACGAUAUCGGGAUCCUGUGUGCAGAGCUGACGGCGUACUGUCGCUCCCUGAGUGCUGAGUGGCUUGGCAUCCUCAAAGCUCUGUGCUGCUCUUCCAACAACGGCAACUGUGGAUUUAAUGAUUUGCUGUGUAAUGUCGAUGUUAGCGAUCUAUCCUUCCACGAUUCCUUGGCAACCUUCGUAGCCAUUCUCAUCGCUAGACAGUGCCUCCUCCUAGAAGACCUGGUUCGCUGUGUGGCCAUUCCUUCUCUCCUCAAUGCAGCUUGCAGUGAGCAGGACUCUGAGCCAGGAGCCAGACUCACCUGUAGGAUUCUGCUGCACCUUUUCAAGACGCCACAGCGCAACCCGGUCCCUCAAGAUGGAGUGAAGUCAGAUAAAUCUCCAGUUGGUAUUCGAUCCUCUUGUGAUCGCCAUCUACUUGCAGCUUCUCAGAACAGUAUAGUGGUUGGAGCAGUAUUUGCUGUCCUCAAAGCUGUCUUUAUGCUAGGUGAUGCAGAGCUAAGAGGCUCAGGACUGUCACACCCUGCUGGCCUCGAUGACAUAUCCGAGGGGCGCAAUGUCUCCAUAGAAACUGCCAGUUUGGAUGUUUAUGCCAAGUAUGUUCUGAAGACGAUCUGCCAGCAGGAAUGGGUGGGGGAGCGCUGCCUGAAGUCUCUGUCUGAGGACAGCAGCGCCCUCCAGGACCCGGUGCUGGUAAACAUUCAGGCCCAACGGCUACUGCAGCUUAUCUGCUAUCCACACCGCCAGCUGGACAGCGACGAUGGUGACAACCCUCAGAGGCAGCGAAUCAAACGCAUCCUUCAGAACAUGGACCAAUGGACAAUGAGACAGUCUUCCCUGGAGCUGCAGCUGAUGAUCAAACAGAGCACAAAUAAUGAGCUCUACUCGCUCUUGGAGAACAUAGCCAAAGCCACCAUAGAGGUGUUUCAGAAAUCAGCUGAGAUGAACUCCAAUAACCCCUCAGGAAAUGGAGCAGCAGCUCAGGGCGGCUCCGCAUCUAACAGUAACAGCGCCACCAGCAAGAUCAAGCCAAUUCUAAGCUCCUCAGAGCGGUCAGGUGUGUGGCUGGUGGCGCCGUUGAUAGCUAAGCUGCCCACCACAGUUCAGGGCCAUGUACUGAAGGCAGCUGGAGAGGAGCUGGAGAAAGGACAACACCUGGGUUCUUCCUCACGUAAAGAGCGAGACAGGCAAAAACAGAAAAGUAUGUCGUUGCUGAGCCAGCAGCCAUUCUUGUCCUUGGUGCUGACUUGCCUGAAGGGACAGGAUGAACAGAGGGAAGGCCUCCUCACCUCCCUGUACAGCCAAGUGCAGCAGAUUGUUACUAACUGGAGGGAGGACCAGUACCAGGACGACUGCAAAGCAAAGCAAAUGAUGCAUGAGGCUCUGAAACUACGACUCAAUCUUGUGGGUGGCAUGUUUGACACCGUGCAGCGCAGCACCCAGCAGACUACUGAGUGGGCUGUUCUUCUCCUCGACAUCAUCAGCAGCGGCACAGUGGACAUGCAGUCCAAUAACGAGCUCUUCACAACGGUGCUGGACAUGUUGAGUGUGCUGAUUAAUGGCACGCUUGCUGCUGACAUGUCCAGUAUCUCUCAGGGCAGCAUGGAGGAGAAUAAAAGAGCGUACAUGAACCUGGUUAAGAAGCUCAGGAAAGAGCUUGGAGAUCGGCAGUCUGAAAGUUUGGAAAAGGUUCGCCAGCUUCUGCCGCUGCCCAAGCAGACCCGUGAUGUCAUAACCUGUGAACCCCAGGGUUCGCUAAUAGACACAAAGGGUAACAAGAUCGCCGGAUUUGAGAAGGAGGGCCUUCAAGUAUCAACCAAACAGAAGAUUUCUCCCUGGGAUGUCUUUGAGGGUCUCAAACACUCAGCCCCCCUCUCCUGGGGCUGGUUUGGUACGGUCAGAGUUGACCGCAAGGUUACCAAAUUUGAGGAGCAGCAGCGUUUCCUGCUCUAUCACACUCACCUGAAGCCCAAACCUCGUAGCUACUACCUGGAGCCGCUUCCUCUGCCCCCUGAGGAGGAGGAGCCCCUGACCCCUGUCUCCCAGGAACCAGAGAAGAAGAUGAUGGAGCCGGUGAAGCCAGAGAAGAGUGUGCCUGCUGUGCCCACUGACUCGAACAAGAAGAAACCCACGAAGAAGAAGAAAACUCAGGCAACAAAGACAGAGCAGGACUAUGUGAACCGUACUCCAGGUGGUGUGUCCUAUGGGCCUAAUAUGGCCCCUGAGCUGAUGCAGAACCACCCGUAUGGCCGGCUAUAUGGCCAGCAAACUAUGGGCAUGUACACACAGAACCAGCCUCUACCUCCAGGUGGUCCAGGUUUAGAACCUCCACAUAGACCUACUCGAAACCCACAAAUGAAUAAAAUGAUGCCCCGACCCAGCUACCCAAACAUGAUGCCCGGUAUGCCGGGAAAUAUGCCUGGUAUGAUGGGACUGGACAAGCAGUACCAGAUGGGUUAUAAGCCCCAGCCCAGCAUGCCUCAGAGCCAGAUACUGCGACAUCAGCUACAGGUCAGACUGAACCAGGGCAUGAUAGGACAGCAGAUCAGACAAAUAACACCCAAUCAGCCCUAUACUCCAAUGCAGGCAUCCCAGAACAUAUCUCAGGGCUAUACCUCGUACGGUUCACACAUGGGGAUGCAGCCGCAUCCGUCCCAAGGUGGUGGUAUAGUUCCCCCUUCCUACGGGAACCAAAACUUCCAGGGCACUCAUCCUGGAGCCAACCCUGGAGUGGUGGAUCCUCUGAGGCAGAUUCAGCAGAGGCCGAGUGGUUACGUUCACCAGCAAGCUCCAGGCUACACACACAACAUGCAGAACACACAGAGGUUUGCUCACCAGCCCCUCCAGCAGAAUCCCAUCAUGCACAGCCUUAGCCACAUGGGAGGCCAGGCCGUCCAUUCAGGCAUGAGGCCCAAUCAGAUGCUUGCAGAACAACAGCAGCAGCAACAACAGCAGCAACAAGCAGCAGCACAGCAACAGCAGCAGCAGCAGUACCUCAGACAACAGGCGCUCAGACAGCAGCAGCAGGCCCAACAAGUUCAACAGCAGCAGCAGCAACAACAACAACAACAGCAGCAGCAGCAACAGCAGGUCCCGCAGCAGCAGGUUCCUCCUCAGCAGCAGGUUCCACAGCAGCAGCAACAGCAGCAGGUGUCAGCGGUUCAACCACCGGGACAGGCUCAGAACCAGGGCCUGGGAAUGCAGCCACUGCCCCCUCAGCAAUUCCCACGACAGGGGAUGCAGCAAACUCAACAGCAGCAGCAGACGGCAGCUCUGGUCAGACAGCUGCAACAACAACUUUCAAGUACACAACCAGGACAGGGCACCAAUCCAUAUUACUGAUCAUGCUUGUUCUUAGUAGUGUGUGGAGGAAAGGCUCUAGUCAUGUGGAAAGUUCCAGCUCUACUGAUGAUAUUUCCAGUCAGAUGUAUGCUGUCAGAGGCACAAAGGACACCCACACUGAUGAACAAACUCUCAUCUCGACCACUGUGGCAGCGACCAGAAACUAUCCUGACUUCAGCUGUGUAAUUAUGGAUUAUCAAUGAGGGAUCCUGCUCUGAAGUAAACAGAUAAUGGUUAAUAAUGGAAAAGUCUAUGUAAAAAAGUACCAGAAAUUAUAAGAAUAAUGCAAUUUUUUUAUUUUAUUUCAAUUUGUACAAUUUUUUCAGUUUCGUGUAUUUCUCAUUAAAAACUCAUGUCAGUUUU